UCUCAGUUUGCAGUCCAGUUGAUGUUCAUCCGUCGAACGUCCACGUCAUUUUCACAGCCGGGACGCCACAUCACACAACAAAAGCAAACAGCCGAUGCUAAUAUGCUUGAACACCUACAAGAAAUUCUACAUGCAGUGGGACCUUGGCUUCCUCACACGUUUGUGGCAUUUAUCUUUUUGUUGAUACUGAAGAAAUACGGAGGCAGUCACAUCCAGCCGUUAUUCUUCGCCAAAGUGUACAACCCUUUCCUGGGAACGUAUCACGUCACAUGUCAAGCGCUCAAGAGACACCAUUUUCUUUCCAUGAAGGAUCAUGUAUCGGCAGAUCCUGUCCUACGAAAAAAAGGCGUCCUAAGGAUACUGGAAAUCGGUCCGGGACCCGGAUACAAUUUCGAAUUUUAUCCACCCAACAGUGAACUAACUGUUGUCGAAGUCAAUCCGUACUUUGAGGAGCAAUUUUUCAGGAAACAAAAGGAACAUCCGCACAUCAAAAUGGAACGUUUCGUCGUCGGAUUCGCUGAAAACAUGAAGGACGUCCCCGAUAACAGCGUCGAUAUCGUCGUUUCCACAAUGGUCCUCUGUUCCGUGCGCAGUGUGGAAGGGGCCCUGAAAGAAAUUCACCGCAUCCUUGCUCCGGGAGGAAAAUAUUAUUAUUGGGAGCACAUCCGCGAGGCUGAAUACAUGUGGGUCCUGUUCGUUCAACACCUGGCCUCCUAUACAUUUUAUGACCUCGUGUUCGGUUGCCAAUUGAACCGAAAAAGCGAUGAAAUAAUCAAGAGAAAUAAAGUUGGAUUCUCCAGCAUUGAUCAGCAACGAUUCAGGACUCCACAGAAAGGAGGAUUACACGCCAUUUUGAUUUUCCAUAGCGCCCAUGUCAAAGGAAUAGCCACAAAAUAAGAAACUUGACGCACCUGAUGAUGGUUGUUACAUAACCAUCGAUUAAUCGUAACGAAAACCUUACAUGCAUCGUGUUAUGACUGUGUGUGUCUAGGUCAUCUAAUUAUUAAACGUAUACUACGUGUGAGCUUUAAUUUUGUAAGUAAAAGAACAUAUAUAGUAGGCUAACAUGAAUAGCCUACUAAGAAAGGUAUUUUUGUGUGUUGCAUUCGUAUUUUAUCCAUGACUCUUUUUUUUAAACAACUAGCUUGAAAAUAUAAGAUGCGAACAAGA